UGCUCUUAUAAGUGAAUGGCUAUAUAGAGAACAUCAUAAACAAAACAAAAUUGCUCAACACUGAUAUUGCACGCGAUGGCAGCGACAACGGCACAACAAACGGAGUUCCGUAAUAAUUUUCGCCUAAUAGUUGAAAGAAUCUUCAACAAUUGGCAGAAUUUGCGUCUUGCCGUUGAACAUGGCAUGGGUGGUCGCAAUGGACAGCAGGUGGCAAUCGAGAUCAUGGAAUACACUUUUGAGUACUGCGUAGGCAACGAGAACAUCACAGAGGGUGAGUUGCAGGAUGUAAUCGAGGAGCUGAUGGAUCAGGAAUUCAAUACGCUAUGCGACGAUCACUCCAUACCCGAAAUAUGCCGCAAUCUCCUGCGUUACAAGCAAAUGGCGAAGGCGUCCCAAUAUCCACAGAUUGAAGCUGAGCUCAGCAGAUUGCCGCAGGGCAAGGACUGGUUACGUCCCGAUGUCAAAAUCACGUACACGCCCAUAGAAGGCGAUUCCUCCUCCGACGAAGACAUGGAUGAGGAUGAUGAAGGAGACGAUGCCAUGAAUGGUGAGGAUAGCGAAGAGGAGGCUGCAACUAGCAGUGACAGAGUUACACGCUCCCAGACACGUAAGCAGCAAGCGGCCGAGUUUGUGGAGCCAGAGGAGGGUUGGACGACUGUCCGUCGCAAAUAGAAAUACAAAUAAAACGCAAUUUAUACUGUUAGUUAUCAAAA